UAGAAAGAAGUAGAGAUUUAAAUAAUGUAAAGAUAAAAGGCUUACUAUGCUGCAAAAGAUAAAAGAAUAGCAAAUUUGAAAAGCACUUUUGCAUUAGCUUUAACAACUUCAAAUAAGAUUGUUGAUUUUGUCAAGGAGAAAAUGAAUACAAAUGAUUACAUAAAUUGAAGUCUUAAGAAAUUCAGGACUAUCAAAAGAAUUAAAAGUUAAUGUCGAUGUGGAAGAUAUAUAUAGAAGAAAAAGAUAAGAAUAAGAAGAAGAAAUCAUGAGAAAAUAAUAGGAACUUGAAGAAGAAAGGAAAGCAGAAGAAGAGAAGAGGAAGCUUUAAUCUAAUUAAUCAAAAGAAUAACAAGACAGCUAAAUUAUACAUAGUUAAGAUCAUAAUGAAGUAUUGUUGUAUAGUAAUAGUAGGAGAAUGACCUAAUGAAAAAAAUUAAGAAGAGAAUCAGGAUUAUGGAAAUGAAGACGAUUCUGAUAGUAGUCAAUAAUAAGGGGAAGAAAAAUAAGAUUGGAUUGUAAUUUUUUUAUUAAAUUUAACAUAAAGGUACUCUCUAAUGAUCCUGAAACAAAGCGAAUAUAAAAAACUUUAUUUCCUGAUAAAGUUAAAACUGCAGAAAAUAAAAAUCUAGAAAAAAAUAAAAUAAAGGAGAAUCUCUCAAACAAUUAAUGACAAAAAGAAAACAGAAUUGAAAUUAUUAUUAUAAUAGAAAUAAUUUAAAUUAUUUAUUAAAAGAUAAAUUUAAUAAAAUUUGCUUAAUUUAAAUAGAAAUAUUUCAUUAUUUGAAAAAUCUCAAUAAUGUGCAUUAAUUAGUGAAGUUUUUAUUUAAACUUUUUGCUUCUCCAAAGAGAGUUUUAUGUGUUUUAUUAACACUUGA